GAAGAUGAAGAUGAGACCACUGAACUUCAAGAAAAUAUUUCAGAAUUUGAGUCUUCAAAAUCUGCAGAAGCAGAAGGUGAAGCAAGUGAACAUUAUGGAGAUAUAAUGUCAACUGAAUCAGAAUCGGAAUUUGCAAAAUCUGAAGAAGCAGGUGAAACAACUGGACGCAAUAAAGAAUCCACAGACUCUGCAACUGAAUCUUCAAAAUCCAUAGAGAGAGAAAGUGAAUCAACCGAAUAUAACGAAGACAUUUCAGAAUCAACUGCAUCAGAAUCUGAUCUUAUAAAGUCUGAAGCAGAAAGUGAGACGAUCGAACAAAAUGAGAAUUUUUUGAAUUCAACUAAAUCAGAGUUCAAUAAAUCUGCAAAAACUGGAGGUGAGACCACUGAACUUCAAGAAAACAUUUCAGAAUUUGAGUCUUCGGAAUUUGAAGAAGCAGAAAGUCGAACAACUGAGCACCAAAAACAUAUUUCAGAACCUAAAUCUACAGAAUAUGAAGAAGAUGAAGGUGAAACAACUGAAAACUAUAGAGAUAUCACAAACUCAACUGAAUCGAAGUUAAAAUUUUCAAAAUUUGAAGAAGCAGAAGGUGAAACAACCGACCACGAUAAAGAAACUUCAGGAUCAGAAACCGGUUCCAUAAAAUCCAUAGAGAAAGAAAGUGAAUCAACUAAAUACAGCGAAGAAAUUUCAGAAUCAACUGGAUCAGAAUCUGAGCUUAUAAACUCUGAAGCAGAAAGUGAGACGAUCGAAGAAAAUGAGAAUUUUUCAAAUCCAACUGAAUCAGAGUUCAAUGAGUCUGAAAAAUCUAAAGGUGAGACUACUGAACUCCAAGAACACACUCCAGAAUUUGAGUCUUCGAAAUCUGAAGGAGCAGAAGGUGAAACAAGUGAACAUCAUGAAGAGAUCACAAACUCAUCUGAAUCAGAAUCGGAAUUUUCAAAAUCUGAAGAAGAAGAAGGUGAAACAAUUGAACACAAUAAUGAAACUUCAGAAACAGCAACAGGAUCAUUAAAAUCCAUGAAGAAAGAAACUGAAUCAACCAAAUACAACGAAGAAAUUUCAGAAUCAACUGGAUCAGAAUCUGAAAAGCUUACAAAUUCUGAACCAGAGUUCAAUAAAUCUAAAGAAACUGAAGGUGAGACCACUGAACUUCGACAAGAUAUUUCAGAACUGGAGUAUUCUAAAUCUGAAGAAACAGAAGGUGAAACAAGUGAACAUCACGAAGACACAAUGUCAACUGAAUCAGAAUUGGGGUUUCCAGAAUCUAAUGGAGCUGAAGGUGGAACAACUGAACACCAAAUAUAUUUUUCAGAACCUGAAUCUGCAAAAUCUGAAGGAGCUGGAGGUAAAACAACUGAACAUCAUGAAGAGAUCACAAACUCAUCUGAAUCAGAAUCGAAAUUUUCAAAAUCUGAAGAAGCAGAAGGUGAAACAAUCGAACACAAUAAAGAAACUUCAGAAACAGCAACGGGAUCAUUAAAAUCCAUAGUGAAAGAAAGUGAAUCAACCAAAUACAACGAGAAAAUUUCAGAAUCAACUAGAUCAGAAUUUGAAAAGCUCACAAAUUCUGAGGCAGAAAGUGAGACGAUCGAACAUGAGAAUUUCUCAAAAUCAACUGAAUCACAGUUCAAUAAACCAGAAGAAAAUGAAGGUGGGACCACUGAGCUUCAAGAAGAUAUUUCAGAAUUUGAGUCUCCGAAAUCUGAAGAAGCAGAAGGUGAAACAAGUGAACAUCAUGAAGAUUCAAUGUUAACUGAAUCACAAUCAGGGUUUCCAGAAUCUAAUGGAUCUGAAGAUAAAACAACUGAGUAUCGAAAAUAUAUUUCAGAACCUAAAACUGUAAAAUCUGAAGGAGAAGCAAAAGGGGAAACAACCGAACACAUUGAAGAAACUUCAGAAUCAGCAACAGGAACUUCCAUAGGGAAAGAAAGUAAAUCAACCAAAUACAACGAAGAAAUUUCAGAAUCAACUGGAUCAGAAUCUGAGCUUACAAAUUCUGAAGGAGAAAGUGAGACGAUAGAACAAAAUGAUAAUAUUUCAAUAUCAAUAGGAUCAGAAAUUCCUGAAUCUGCAGAAUCUGCAGGGGAGACCACUGAACAUCAAGGAAAUAUUUCAGAAUUUGAGAAUUCAAAAUCUGAAGAAGCAGAAGGUAAAACGGGUGAACUUCAUGAAGAUACAUCAACUGUAUCAAAUUCACAGUUUUUAAAUUCUCAUGAGGCUGAAAGUGAAACAACUGAGCACCUGGAAUAUAUAUCAGAUUCUAAGUCUUCGAAAUCUGAAGAAGAUGAGAAUGAAACCAUUGACAACCAUGGAGACAUCACCAAAACAACUGAAUCAGAGCUAAAGUUCUCAGAACUCGAAGAAACAGGAAGUAAAAUAACUGAACACAAUGAAGAUAUUUCAGAAACAAUUGGAGCAGCUACGAAAUCGUCGGAGUCUGAAGGAGCAGAAACUAUAAUAACAGAAAACCGUGAGGAAAUUUCAGAAUCGACUGAAUUAGGACCUCAACAUUCAAAUCAUGGAGCAGAAGGUGUUUCAACCGAAUAUAUAAAUAUUUCAACAUCAACUGAAUCAGAAUUGGAGUUUAAUAAAUCUGAGGAAACUGAGAGUGAAACAACCGAACACAAUGGAAAUAUUUCAAAAUCUAACGAAUCAGAAAAAUAUCCUGAAUCUGAAGAAGCUGAAACAGAGAUAACUGAACACCAAAAACAUAUUACAGGAUAUGUGUCAUCGAAAUCGAUAGAAUCUGAAGAAGAAACAGAACAUCAAGAUUAUAUUUCAGGGUCAACUGAUUCAGAAUCGGAGUUUUCUGAAUCUGAGGUUGAAAUAACCGAACAUCAUGAAGAUAUUAUUACGGAGUUACCUAAAUCAGAAUCCGAGAAUUCAAAAUCUCAUGAAGCUGAAAGGGUAACAACCGAACACCAAGUAUAUAUUUCUGAAUUUGAAUCUUCGAAAUCUGAAGAAGUUGAUGGUGAAACGAAUCAACAUCAGGAUACAAUUACGGAAUCAACGGAAUCAAAGUCAGAUAUUUCUAAAUCUCAUGAAUCUGAAACAACUCAACAGCAAGAAUAUAAUCCUGAAUUUGAAUAUUCGAAAUCUGAAGCUGAAGGUGAAACAACUGAAUACCAACAAACAAUUUCAGAAUCUGAAACCUCAAAAUAUGAGGAAUCAUCCACCGAAUAUAAUGAAAAAUAUUCAGAAUCAAAUGAAUCUGAUUUGGAUUCUUCGAAAUCCGUAGAGGCAGAAGGUGGAACAACAGAAUACAGUGAAGAAAUUUCAGGUUCAACUGAAAUAGAAAUUGAGCAUUCAAAUCUUCAAGCAGGAGGUGAUACAACCGAACUUAUAGAUAAUUCGAAAUCAACUGAAUCUGAGUUGAAAUUUCUUGAAUCCGAAAACGGAACAACUGAACACCAAGAAAUAGAAGACAUCUCAAAAUCAGAUGAAUCAGAAUCUGAGACUUCGAUAUCUGAAAAUACUGAAAUAUCAGAAAACUCAGAAAUAACUCUGAGGUCUAUUGAUUCUGAAUCAAAAUCUCCAAUAUCUGAUGGAAAUGAAGGUAUAUCAGAAUCGGUGUCUGCAAAAUCUGCAAACAACAAUGAGGAUUCAUCCGAAAAUCAUGGAGUAAUUCAUCAAGCAACUGAAUUACAUUUGGAAUCCCUACAAACUGGUGAGGACAGAGAUAAAACAACAGAAAACCAUGAAAGAAUUCCAGAAAGAGAAUCUGUAAAAAAUGUAAACCCUGUGAUUGAAAGUACACAACCAUUGGAAACGUCACAGUUUGUCACUGUCAAAUUAAAUUUUGAAAAUGUGUCUCAAUCCAAAACCCAUAUGAGUGCAACUCUAGAGACUACAGAAGAAGUGGAUGAAAAUCAACUAUUCAAUUUCCACAAGAAUGAUAAAAAUGAUACGUUAUGUGAAGAAUGUAUGACUGGCAAUCAGUUGUCGACAGAAAAUAAGAUUCAUGCAUCAACAACAGCGAAACAUCAUGAAAAAACACCAUAUACCACAGUAAAACCUCAUUCUCCAACUCAUUUGAGCACAUAUAAAACAAAAUCUACAGUACGCACAUCUCCAAAGGAAGUGAUAUCUACUGAGGAAUGGCCUACGGAAAAAGUUUCAAUCCAUGUGGAAAAAUCGGCAGAGGAAAUUAAUUUCAAAAUAGAACAGACUACAGGAAAAAUUAUACUGAAUUCAGAAAUCACUACAGGAAUUUCCACAAGAGAACAAAUUAUAGGGAAAACGAAUACUUCACUGUCAGGUAAAGAAGAAACAGAAGAGACAAAGAAAGUAUCUCACAAAAAAUCUACAACAGAAAAUAUCAAAAAUAUCACCAAAAUAGGUUCCUCUACCCGAGUCACUACUCAGGUUCCUGAAGAACAAGGAAGUACAAAGGGUGAAACUACUACAAAAUAUACUACGACACGGGUCAAAGAAGAAGGAGGCACUUUACAUGAAACUGCAAAUACACUAGAAGACAUUACUGAAAAAAUUUCCCACAUUCACCUCACUACUAAUGUUGCAAAAGAAUCAUCUGAAGAGUUGAUGGAAGAAAAAGAAAUUCUUACUGAAAUUGGAGUUGAAGAUGAAAAUUCCAUCAUGAAAACGGCUACAGAACAACAGAACGUCACAGGAGAACAAGAAGUUUCUAGAUUCAAGAAAGUUACCACUCAUGCAGCUGGUUUGGUACCAAAAUUGCAUUCUUCGGAGUAUCCAGACACCAACACUAAAAUGAUGGUGGUAAUAGUCAAUAAUUCCGGUAAAAAAAUUGAUAAAAUCAAUGAAACUGCCCUGGAAAAGCUCCUCAACAAAACGAGGUCGGAUAUUGAUCUAGAAUACAUCGAUUUUUUCAAUAUUUCCAAAGGUUCCAAAAGCCAUACCAAUGUAUCCGCCGAAGCAGAAAUUACGAAACCGCUGAUUCUCAAAGGUGAUGGUAAACCUUGCAAACAAAGUGACUUUAGUUCCAACAGAUAUUGCGUUUGUGAUGUCGACUCAUAUUUGUCGAAAGUCGAAUCAACCAUCUCCAAUGAUCAAAAGGUGGACGUUACUCACUAUAACUGCUCUAACCUCAUCAGUUUUCACGAUGGACUGAUAAUAAGCAAUGGGACACAACGCUUGGAACGUAAAAGACGAAGUCUUUUAUAUCUGAAUAGUCUCGGAAGAACUUCGAAUUAUAUUGAAAAUGAUGAUAUCGAGAAUGUUCUGGAUGAUGAAUACGAUCUGCAGGUAUCAGAUUCCAAUAUUUACGCGUAUCCUGGAUCAACCAUCAAGAUAUUUUGUCACAACAAAGCUGAUAUGCUCUCGGAAAAUAAAGGCGCAUCUUAUUCUUGGACAUUCAGGAAUGAUUCUACUGCAGAAGGAGAUGCACUUCCAAUGAAUGAGAAUCCUUUAAUAUUGCAAGAAGUCGAUAUUAAAAACGCAGGAAACUAUACUUGUGUCAAAACAGAGGAGACCGGAAACAAGGAAAAACACAACCAUGAACUAGAAUUGAUCACAUUUCCUAUCUACAAAAUCAAAACAAUCCUUUUCUAUGCAUUCAAUGACAGUUGUUCACUUUCUGAUGGUGAUCUUUUAUAUAACUACCUCCCAAAAUUGAUAAGUCCAAUAUUAUGCGGAGCUACUGGAAAGCUUUGCAAAGUAGAUGUGGAAAGGCCCCAUUGUUUCACGGAUAUUGACAACAACUUCUUCAAUAUAACUGUAGUAGCUACUAUGAAUGAAAUCAAUCAUAUUUUCCCCACAAUGGAUGAAUCCAGGUGCAAUAACAAUUGCAAACUAAAAACAUACAACAACAUGGUCGGAUUAGUUAACAAGAAUGCUGCUAUUCUGAAAACUCUACCAGUGUUCUCGAAAAUCACUCCAGCUCUAGAUUUUCUCACGAAUAUUACGAUUUCCGAAAGAAAAAAUGAACUUGUUAAACGUCCCAAACUUAUUACAGUUUGCAAAGGAGGAUAUGGAGUUGAAAAACUCAAACAGAGAAUAUGUGUUGUUUGUCCCAAACAUACCUUUAGUGGAGAUGACGAAGCUUUCUGCAAAACUUGCCCAGCAGGUCAAUAUCAAAAUCAACCUGGAUCUAAAGCUUGCAUUCCAUGUUCCUCUCCAGUAGAUGAUUCGAUGUGCCUACGUAUGUUGUAUUCCGAUACAAAACUAUUCAAAAUAUAUGUGGGAGCAGCCUUCGGAUUCGUUUUGCUGCUCGUCGUUGUGAUUGUGUUAUGGAAUAGUAAUACAAGCCGCAGUCAAAAAAGGAAUUUCGAAGGUUCUCUCAAACAUAGCGGGAUGCGAAGAAAGAAGAUAACAGAUGCGGAAAAUCCAGCUCUUGAGCCACUGCUGAAGAACUAUGAUGAGAACCGGAAGAAAUUGCCACCUCAAGUACCACCUCCAGAUUUUUAAUCUACUUAUAUUUAUAUUUAUAUUUAUUUUUUUAAGAACCACAAUGUAUUAGAUUCAUAUACAAUGAAUAAAUAAUUAUAAAAUAUA